AUGACUGAUCUGGACCUCUACAGUGAGAUUAUCGUUGAAGAUAACGAGAAGAGAUUCGAAAAUCUUGCGAAUUUCGAGCCCGAACGCGUAUCGUCUCUUCAAGCCCAGUGUUCGUUCCUGGAAGCUGAAGUUGAAGCUUUGAAUGCACAUGUCUCUCGACUGGAGAAAGAACGUCUGGCUCUGAUUGCUACAAAAGACCAGAUAACAGAUAACUUCUCGCGCUUGGGACUGGCCUGUCGCAAAGAAAUCGAGAAGUUGAAAGUACAAAUGAAGGUGAUAUGCUCAAAGUAUAAGAUUCCGGAACCGAUGGCUAUAAGCAGAAGAAAACUAAGUUGCGAAACACAGAUAAAUCCUGAAAAACAGAAUUACUACACAGAUUUGGUAGCGUAUUUGCAUGCUGAUCCUCUACCUGCUAAUAUCUAUCCCAAUAGCAAUGUGUCAAGCAAGAGUCCUGGUGUUAUGUCGAAGCGUGAUGCAUUUACGCAAACGGAGCGCUUUAUACGACACAGUUCACCUUCAUCUGCAUCUUCUUUUGGGUCUGUCUCAUCCCGUUCAAUUUCGUCAAGUUCUUCUUCAUCUUCUACAUCAUCUUCAAGUUCUAGUAGUCAAGACCAACCUCCAUCUCACGUGGCUUUGGUAAAUAAUGAUGCCAUGUCGAACUUUACUGACCAGUCAGUUGAUGAUAGACAGGUACUAUCGCUUUCACGACCGGCACUAGUGAUCAAUCCCAAGAAACUGGAAAGGUGUGGAUGUCGAGAUCCGGUUAGGCGUGAAACGCAUGAUAGAACUUGUGAAUUAAGUAAAUAUAAACAAGAGGACUCUUUUCCAAAACACUUACUUGCGGCAAAACGGUUGUACAGUUGUGAGAGAAGAUCCAGAGAAAGAUAUGCACCAAAAAGUGGUGUGAAAAAUCAGGGACCUGUUGGUAAUGCACGUAGUGGGAACAAAUUAAAAGAGCAUCGAAACAAUCAUGAAAUUGUGAAUGAUUCUAUGCGAAAAAGUAAUAUAUCGACGGAAACUCAAAUGUUAUCACUUCAUAGAGUUAAAGCGUUUUCUUCACCUAAGAGAGAAAACAUUGAUCAACCAUCCUCAAUUAAAAACUCAACUGUAAAGGACUCUCAGAACUUGCAAAUCGAUCAGCAUCGUUCCCAAUGCUUGCGAACGGGUAGCCCAAGUAAAGUAAAAGAUUCCUGUACCGGCCCAGACUCAUCGAGCAGAAACUCUGUUUCAAGUCAACUUCUCAAGGCUGUAGAGAACGCCGUACGCUCAUCAAGAGAUCAUCACGCUAUUCGCAGACAGCAUGUUUCAGCCAAUGUUGCCCACCGCAAUCGAUACCCUAGGCUCUUAUGCCGUACAAACCAAGUUCCUGUGGAAGUAUCUGGUAUGAGAAGUGGAGACUGUUCAAGCGAACCUGAAACACAAAGCAGAGAAGCCAGUUGUACAUUGUACGCAGUGCGUGCGCAUUCAAAGGAUCUAACUGAUGCAGGUCACAGAGCAGUUAAGGACAAUGAACAACUGACGUGUAACCAGAACUCGACACUCAAUGCUUUAAUUCCUGAUUCAUCGAAUAAUAUUGGUGAUAUCCACUCCCUUGGAGACCAUUCUACUCAAGAAGUUGAACUUGCUUCGAAUGAACCGGUGACAAAUUCUUUUCAUCACUCUGGUCAAUCAUCAACUCACUUUUCUCCAAAGAAUGAUUCAUUUUACUCUGUAGAAAACAAGAGUGCUGACCUGGACAUUCCAGAAGAAUUCACUGAGGAUCGAACUGAUACACCUUCCAUACGGAAGAAACUGUCACAAUCCGAGGACACAUGUAAUGAUGUUAAAGACAACGAAAGUCGUGCAGUUUGUACAGAGUGUAGUACGCAUUCGAGAUGUAAUUCUCUGUCAAAUCACUCUGAAGAGGAAUCAAACCAUUCUCAAAGGUUUAGGAAGACAGCAGAAAACCAAAAAGAAGAAGGUGAGAUCGCUGACGACGUUGACGAAGAUGAUUAUGCGGAUGUGUUCAAUUCUUCUGCGUCUCAUAUAAGUCAAACACGUAAAAGAUGUUGGUCUCGUUCUUCACCCGUCAUCCAUAAAACUCCAAAACUUUGUUCUGAAAGACAAACGAUGGAUUCUGCAACCUCUCAAGUUUCUCCAGAUUUGAAAAAUGCACCACCUUAUCCUAAGAGAGUGCAGCGUAGGUCAAGUAGGAGUUCACAGCACUACUCGGAAAAAGAUGGCUCGAGAAAUUCCAGUUCUGGUUUUGUGGAUUUGAGUUAUCGAGCCUCUCCUGGAUGCGAGGAUCGUCAUUCCCCCAAUGUAGUUACUACAAGAUUUUCUCAUUCUCCUGAACGUCGCCAUCGUGGGUCGCGAUAUAAUUCGUCCAUUUCCAGAUCCCCUUCAAUGAAACAUUCUCGUGGUGAAUAUCAUAAUGAUCCAUAUCGGUCCUCAAACUCGCGUUCUAAAAAUCAUCCUAGUCGUCGUCGUUAUAAAUCGCCAGAGAUAAAUGGUAGAGAUUUCAACUUGGGAAAACAUGAUCGAUCAACUAUUUCGUCGAACUCACCGAGACGACGGUUUCGCCAUUCGCCUGCACCACCAAAUAACCCUAACUCUUCCUAUCGUCGAUUUGAACGUGAUAGGAUGACCCGUGACAAUAGACGAUUUCGUGCUUUCUCUCCUGCUCUGAACAGAAAUCCCCAUCAUCGACUUGGCAUAAAUUCAUCAAAGGUAUCUGGUUCACGCUUUAAUCGUGUUCACCAUCAACGCAGAUUUUAA